AUGGUGGUGAACAGCAGCGGUUUAUCUCUGAUCCACUCAAGUGGGAUUACCACUUCGGAUGUGACUAUGGGUUCGUUAGUAAAUCAUAUUUUACUAACAUAUUUCGUGCACUACUUCAGUGUUUGUUUCAUAAACGGAAGGGACGAUAAAUUGAACCAUGCCGCCCCAGUGCCAAUGGUUGUCAUCGAGGUAGACCACCAACAAUCUUUUGAAAAGAUGCUAGCAAUUGGUGUGGAUUUGGGAUGUCAGGCCUUCGUUGUGACAGAGCAAACUUUAGAUAACUUUAUCGAAGCUUAUCUUCCGGUGCAUGAUGCAGCGGUGCAGAGGUUCUUACCGAAAAGACUAAUCAUGGUACUCGAGCCAAACUCGGAGGUGUUCCCGAGGAUCUCUGAAAUGUUAGUUAUCGAAGAACUACCGGAGGUGUUGAUUCUUCUGCCGGUAAAUAACGAUGCAGUACGGAUUGAUCUCUAUACGGCGGACAUCUAUGAUGGUGAUCCGAUCACAAUCGUAAUGCGACUACUCGAUGUGAUCAACUGUUCGAUGGAUCUCCCGUCCUAUACAGAUCGCAAUGUACACCUCUUUCCUGACAAGCUUAUCAAUAUGAAUAAGCGCCGAUUGCGCCUCGCAGCUGCUCCUUAUCUUCCUAACAUUCACGUUCAGGACAUGCCUUUGGGACAGGGAAAUGCUCGGUACAUUCUACCAUCGAAACCUAACGUGUCGGCCCAAAUCAGCGGAACAGAAUUGUGGCUCAUAGAGUUGGUAUGUGAGAUAGCGAAUUGUACGCCGGAAGUGAUGAUCGACUCCGAAUGGGGUGAUGUGUUCGAAAAUGGCAGUUCGUUUGGCGUCAUUGGUGCAGUGGCCAAGCACGAGGCCGACAUCGCGUUUGGCGGACUUUACACCUGGUACGCCACCUACCAGCAUUUGGCGUUUUCCGCCGUCCACUCCCGUUCCGGUUGCACGUGUCUCGUCGCGAAGCCACGCCUGGCCGCCAACUGGCGGACGCCUUUUCAAUCGUUCACCGGUUCACUCUGGUGUGCCGUGUUUUUCGCGUUUUUCAUCGGUGCCCUUGCACUGAUUGUGGUGUUUCGUUACCGGCAGCGGAUUCUUGAGCUCAACCGAUCCACCAGACUCUCCGCCAGCGACUCGGUUCUGCUGAUGAUCGGAUUCUUCAUGGAGCAAAGCGUACCGAUGCCGAAUGAACUGGCCGCUUCCUGUCUGCUCUUCGGGACGCUCAUGUUCGCUGGGUUCAUGAUCGGAAGCAGCUACAACGGGGGUCUAGCGAGCACCAUGAUCGUGCCGCAGUACGAAAAAGCCAUCGACAACUUUCACGACCUGGCGGUGACGCGGACCACCUGGGUUGGCGUGACCGUGACCUGGAUCAACUCCAUUCUGCUCGCCGACGGACCGGACAUGCUCGCACUGCUGCAGACGUUUCGCGAAUGGGACGAGGAGACGAUUAGCCGGCAUGCAUUCCAUCGAGAUGUAGCCAUCAUUGUCGAACGGAUGGAGUACGGCCAUUUUGCGCACCCUCGCAUGGACCUGAAAGCGAUGCGUGGCCGCCGUAUGCUUGUUGACGACAUCUACUGGAGUUCGGUGAUCGCUGCGUGUUCCAAGACGUGGCCGACAAGGUACCGUUUCGACCGGAUGAUACUGGACCUGAAGGCGCACGGCAUCCUGGAGCACUGGGAGCUGAUCGGUGUAAUCAAGUUUCUCGGUCUGACGUCCCAGCAAACCAUACGAUACUCACGUGAUGGCAGCGGUACGGACGAGAGUGUGCCGCUCGGGGUGGACAAUAUUUCCGGAGCACUGCUGAUUCUGGGCGCAGGUCUUUCGCUGGCCACGGCUAUGUUUGCUGUCGAACUUUUGUGGCACAAGAUUGUCCGAUUAUUGAGACGUCGGUUGAUGCUAAGGCGACGUAGAACGAGAGUUUUGUGA